GGUCCUUAAGGACUCAAGACACACUCAAGACUCCCAGAGACACCCAGGCAUAAGACAGAAAGCAACUGUGGAGGAGGGAGAAGCAACUGUGGAGGAGGGAGAAGGUUCCAUCAAAUCUGUAUACUUGAAAAAACUGUAUCAAGGUUGACCAUGGCAGACCAUCUCCUGUGCAGUAACAUUUUGCCAGAUUCAUCAUGACCACCAUGGCAGCAGCAUCUACGGCUGAUCAAGCUUUCGAGGACUACAGCAACUACAGUGGCUUGUCUGAUGCUGAACUGAUUCAGCUGUCCAUUGAACGCAGCCUGAGUGAUAUCUUCAGCCCUUCCUCAGAGCACUCACAGAGGUCAUCUUGUUCACUAGCUGCAGCAAGCCAACCUAUGCCCUUUGAGCAUGAAACCAUGCCAACAUUACUAGAGCUGCAGCAGGAGAAUCACAGAGCUCUGAGACAAACAGCUUUACACACUCGGAACAUCCCUCCCGCUGCCAACCCACAUCAAACCGCCAAUCACCCCAGCCAAAACCGGACAGAGAGUUCACAUAACUCUGCUGAAGACGGAGCGAGGGUGUGUUCUUGGACGAAAAGCAAAACUGGAGGUUUGCAAGUUAGAUUGAAACCCAUGGACAUGUCUGCUAUACAAUCAGCCAUCUGGAGGAAUGAUGCACCAAAACUCCUUGAAGUAUUGCAGGAACAGCCUUCUGACACUCUGAGUACACCAAACAAAAAAGGAUGGAUACAUUUGCAUGAUGCUGCAAACAAUGGUUAUGAGAAAUGUUUGAGAGUGCUGAUAAAAGCCUUUCCUAAACUAAUCAACAAACGUACCAACAAGCGCCAGACACCUCUGAUGUUGGCUGCUGCCGGCAAAAACCCAUUGUGUGUCCAGUAUCUUCUUGAGGCAGGAGCAGAUCCCAAUACAGCCGACAACGUAGGAGAGUCACCUCUCUACACAGCUUGUGAAAAUGCAACUGAGGAAAUAGUGGAGCUUCUUCUGAGGUUUGGAGCCAAAGCCUCACAGGCCAAUGCGAAAGGAAUGACACCAUUACAUGAAGCGGUGCGACACAAAAGUCUUGGCAUGUGCAAGCUUCUAGUGACAGCUGGAGCAAACAUAAGAGCCAGGAACACUUACGGCAUUGAACCACUAUUCAUGGCUGCCCAGGGAGGAGGCACAGAAGUAUUGAACCUCCUCAUUAAACAUGGAGCCUAUACUGACUGUCAAACUAGAGAUGGAGCAACACCUUUAUUUGAAGCAUCCAAGAAUGGCCAUGAAGAGGUGGUGAGGCUGCUUCUGUCUAAAAGAGUAAAUGUGAACAAAACAACCAAUGCAGGACUAACUCCUCUACACAUCGCCUCAAAGAAUGGACAUGCUAGAAUUGUAUCCUUAUUGAUUCCAAAAACGGCCAGAGUGAUUGUGCCAGAGAGUGGCAUUAGCCCGCUCCACCUUGCAGCAGAACAUGACCGAGAGGAUGUCUUGGAGAUUCUCAUCGAUGCGGGCUUUGAUGUCAACACUUUGCUGAAGUAUGACCACUCCCAGAUUUAUGAUGACCGGUGCUGCUCGGCCCUCCACUUCACUGUACGCAACAGCAACAUAGACACAGCCUCAAUGCUGCUGGAGGCAGGCGCUGACCCCAAUCUGGAUGCUUUCAACCCUCUUCUUUUAGCCGUGAGACAGGGAAAUCUAGAGAUGGUGUCUUUGCUGGUGGAGUAUGGUGCCAAUGUGAAUGCCUGCGUGCCAACACUCCCCACUACCUUUCCUGGAGCUCUGCUCUUUUGUAUGAAGCACACAUUGAUUUUGAAGUUCCUGCUGGACAAUGGAUGUUUUGCCAACGCCUGUUUCUCAUGUGUUUAUGGAAGCAGUCCACAUCCUCCAAUUAAGAGCCGGCUUACUAGUAGGGAUGAGCUGGACCUUGAUGAAAUUCCUCAGAGCGAAGCUGCACAGUUCUGUGAGAUUAUAGCGGAUCCCCUUUACAUCUAUUGGGCAGGACCUAUACUUGACCGUCUCCUUGAUUACACUGGUCCUGUGAAACUGUGUUCUAGAAUCACAGAACUUCUUGAGAGCAACAAGGAGUGGGUGUACAUCAAAGAAAAAUCAAAGCCAUCCUUCUGCCUGAUGCAUCUGUGCCGACUGAGGAUCCGCCAGCUGGUCGGAUGGCAGAGACUGAGGAGAAUGUCCAGCCUUCCUCUGCCUGGACGACUCAUCAAGUACUUGUUCUACGACAACGGAGAAUCUGAGAAUCUUUAUUCUUACUUUUUUGAUUGAGUGUGUAUGUGUGUGUCUCUUAACUUAAGCGCUGUCUUUGUCAGUCAAUAAUCUAACCAACAAAAGCUUGAUUGUCCACAACUUUCCCGAACUCUGACCUUUCCCAUGUUUGAUUGUUGGAUCAGAGCUCUGUCUUCUGCUCUACUGUGUUUACGUUUAUAGCUAACUGCUAGUGAGAAGUUCAGAGAUUACUAAAAUCAGUGAAUUGUAUAAAAGGGACUGCUGGUUAUGUGCUGAUAGAUAAAGGUGGACAGAGGUUUGCCACAGUACUAAUAACCUGUCGAGAAACUGUCUAAUGGCCAAGGAUUUUUGGGUUAGCUGGUUAGUUAAAUGGAAGAAAAGUUAAAUGCAAGAAAAGGUUAACUUGGCUGAUUGUGUUCCAGUAAUAGGAAGUUGUUAUUUUCUCUGAUUUAUUCUAUUAUAUGUCUUUUAUGUCUUGUAACUAUUCUUUUUUAAAUGUACUUUACAUUUUAAAGUUUUUUUCCCUUAAA